ACAGCUUUCUGUUCUACCUCCAUAGGGGCUCAAACCGAUGGACCACAAUGGACUCUCGGAUCCUUAUGUCAAACUGCACCUACUGCCUGGAGCCAGCAAGGCGAAUAAACUCAGAACCAAGACCCUGCACAACACACUCAACCCCGUCUGGAACGAGACCCUGACCUACUACGGCAUCACCGACGAGGAUAUGGUCCGCAAAACCCUCAGGAUCUCAGUGUGUGAUGAGGACAAAUUUCGCCACAAUGAGUUUAUCGGGGAAACGCGGAUUCCCCUCAAGAAGCUGAAGCCCAACCAAGUCAAAAACUUCAACAACUGCCUGGAGAAACAGUUGCCAGUCAACAAGACAGAGGACAAGUCUCUGGAGGAACGGGGUCGGAUCAUGAUUUCCCUCAAGUACAACACCCAGAAGUCUUGCCUGGUUGUGGGCAUCAUACGCUGCGCUCACCUUGCUGCUAUGGACGCCAACGGCUUCUCCGACCCCUACGUCAAAACGUACCUGAAGCCUGACGAGAACAAAAAGUCGAAGCACAAGACCGCCGUGAAGAAGAAGACCCUCAAUCCUGAGUUCAACGAGGAGUUCUGUUACGACAUAAAAUAUGCAGACCUCACUAAGAAGACUUUGGAGGUCACAGUGUGGGAUUAUGACAUAGGAAAAUCAAACGAUUUCAUCGGUGGAGUGUCUCUGGGCAUCAACGCGAACGGAGAGAGGCUCAAACAUUGGUUCGACUGUCUCAAAAACAAGGACAAAAAAAUCGAACGCUGGCACACGCUGACCAAUGAGUUACCCGGCUCAAUGAAUGACUGAAGGCCUGCACCCGAUCCGACCCCUCCACCUGCAUUUCCUCAGCUCUUCUCCGUUUUUCUCACAUCAGACAUCCAACUCCUCUCUUUGGGAAAACAUUUUCCUGUCAACAGGGCUCAAAUUAUACUUUCCACAUCUUGUACAUUUAAAAACACAACUCGCACGGCUGCUGAUGUAUUCUCAUUUCCCGAGAUAUUGAGUCAACACGGAGAAUGAUGGCGGGGUUUGUGCUGUUGACUCGUUAGCUUUUCAGCUUUCUUGCAUGAUCAGUGAAGAUAAAAGAAGCAAAUGCUCUCUAUUUGAUGAGGCCUUUUACAGCAGCUGAAUAAAUUUCACCAAA